GGUGAGUGUUCAGGGAUGUUGGGCGGCAAGCGAAACAUCGGACAAGUGCCGAAUCCAACAAGAUGCAGGGCGCUUGGAUGUACAAAUGUGGCGCUGUACUUGCGUAUCGCCGAUCGGCACUAGAUUCACGUUCCCGGCGGUAAAGCAAAGGAUACAAAUAUCGAAAGAAAUAUCCUCUUAUUCUCAUUUAUUCUCAUUCAUAUAUAAUCGAAACACCAUGGCUGUUCUAUUCUAUCGGUUGAGCCAUUGAUAUCCUGAGCACCCCAGCCUCCAGCUUGUAUUGGGAUGCCAUCUCAUCUUUGUUUGGUUUGUCGUGCGAUCCCAUAUGACUUCUGGUCCAAAGUUCACGAUCAGAAAGAAUACUCUCAACAAGCGUGUGUUCCAUUACAGUCAUUGGAAUGUAUGCGGGGUGAGGCAGCAGAUGGAUGCCAAUUAUGUGAGAUCCUCUUCGAAUCCACAAACGAGGUACAGGAUCAGGAUAGUUGUAUCUAUUUGCAAAGAUCACACAGCGCUCCACAUCAUAUAUUCACACUUAAAAUCGGGAUGAACGGGGACCCUAUAUCGCAGGCAUUUUUCUAUCGGGUUCCGCUUUGGUGGUGUGAGUUGUUUGUUUCUCUUCAGAAACAAAAACACACACCUAUGGAAAGAAACCUUCCGGUAGAGAUACACGAACACGUCGAUAACAUCCGGACGAUGAGAUCAUGGCUAAAUCGAUGUCUACACAAACACCUGAAUUGUUCCAGUCUACAAAAGGACUUUCUACCCACUCGACUCCUUGAUAUGCAAGCCUUCAAAACUGAGCAAGAUAUACAACUUGUUGAUUCUCAGGAUGUGAAAAUCCCUGGCGACGCAGAAUACUUGACGCUCAGUCAUUGUUGGGGCCCACCUGCCAAACACUCUGUCAAAACCGAGGGACGGAAUCUCAAAGCUAGGAUGACAAGAAUCUCUAUAAACGACUUAUCAAACACAUUUCGAGAUGCUGUACGGAUCACACGUGAGCUAGGGCAUCGCUAUCUGUGGAUAGACUCCCUCUGUAUCAUUCAGGACGACAAAGAAGAUUGGGCUCGAGAAGCAGCACUCAUGGCCGACGUAUACGGCAACGCUACCUGUACGCUCGCAGCUCUGAGUUCCGAAGACGGCACCAAGGGAUGUAAUAUCAUCUCUGAUAUUCAAAGAUCGACAUGCUGCUCCUUUCUCGAUCUCGAAGUCGAAUUCGAUCGCUACUCUCGGCUUCGCAUAUUCCAGGACGAACCAGCAAAUUGGGUCACUGAAUACGGAGAGACUCCAGAUCAAGAAUCGGAGGAAAAAAGCCCUUUGAGAUUUCGAGCUUGGACACUCCAAGAGAGUGCACUCUCACGCCGUAUAGUUUAUUUCGCAAAGACCCAGCUUCUAUGGCAGUGUAGAGAGUUCAAAGCAACUGCGCAGCUUCCUUGGGUUGAGAAACGGCUUGAAGGUGAAUCGAAUCUGACACCGUGGCCCCUGGACGCAUACAUGACACCCGGUGGACCUGUUUCGCACAGCGAGCGCUGGUAUCGAUUGGUAGAAGACUAUUCCCUUCGAACGCUUACAUAUGCUACUGACAAACUACCUGCGCUCUCAGGCUUGGCAAAAGGUUAUGUUGGGGGAGGGCAAUAUGGAGCAGGGAUUUGGGGUGCACAUUUCCCUGGUGCACUGCUGUGGCAGACUACAGAUGAACACGCCUGCAGACAUCCCCCAGAAGACUAUAUCGCACCGUCAUGGUCAUGGGCAUCAACAUCAGGACGCGUAUCAUACGACAGCCAGCGUCUGAAACCAUUCGAGCAGCGUUUCGAAGGAUUGAGCGCAGAACUAGGAAUCCCUUAUGCAGACUUCGGGUUCCUGAAAGUCGAUCGCAUCGAUGUUUCUCCAAAGUAUGACGAUGUGUAUGGCGCGAUCACCUCAGCUUCUCUAAUCAUGAGUGGUGCGCAGACGAUCUGCGUUGAUUGUCCGACUUCAAACAAGGGUGCGAAAACAUCGGUAUGUUGUUUUACCAUUUCAGCUGGAAGUCACUAAUGUGGCACUCAAUUCAACCAACUCACCUAACCGACCAC